AUGGACAGCAAACCCUCCCUAUUCACGCCGCAACCGCCAGACUCAGAGGUCCCCACACUUGCUCCCAGCAGUUUGAGCGUCUCGGACGACGACGGCAAGGCCCAUCCAGUUGCGCGCGGGGAACAGACAGACAUCGAUGUCGACAGCACGUCCAAGCCUAUCGAGCUACACAAUGAGAAGGAGGACCCCACGUCGUCGGCACUAGCCCGGCAAGCGACAGCCACGUCCAAGUCGGGGGGUGCGAAGCUCGAGCAGGUGCCGACGCGAGAAGACGGGACCGAGUACCCACGGGGGAUGACCCUUGCACUGAUUGUGCUUGCUCUGUGUUUGAGUGUGUUCACCAUGGCCUUGGACAACUCCAUCAUCGCAACCGCCAUCCCAAAGAUCACCGACCAAUUCCACUCUCUUCCCGACGUGGGUUGGUACGCAAGCGCAUAUAUGCUCACCACCGCGGCCUUGCAGCUCCUCUUCGGCCGCUUCUACACCUUCUUCUCCAUCAAGCGGGUCUUCCUGACCGCCAUCUUCCUCUUCGAGGUCGGCUCGCUGAUCUGCGGCGUGGCGCAGAACAGCGUGACGCUCAUCGUGGGCCGCGCCGUGGCCGGCGUCGGCGCCGCCGGCAUCUUCUCGGGCGCCCUCACCAUCCUGGCCUACUCGGUCCCGCUCGCCCAGCGGCCCGUCUACACGGGCGCCGUCGGCUCCAUGUACGGCCUGGCCAGCAUCUCGGGCCCGCUCAUGGGCGGCGCCUUCACCGACCACGUCACCUGGCGCUGGUGCUUCUUCAUCAACCUGCCCGUGGGCGCCGUCACCAUGGUGGUGAUCGCCAUCUUUUUCCCGGACCCGAAGAAGAAGAAGAGGGAGGUGGUGAAGGAUAGCCUCCGGCAGCGGGUCAUGCGCUUUGACCCGUUCGGCACGGCCGUGUUCAUGCCCGCCAUCAUCUGUCUGCUGCUGGCGCUGCAGUGGGGCGGGACGACGUACGCGUGGAACAGCUGGCGCAUCAUUCUGCUGUUCUGCUUGUUCGGCGUACUGAUCUUGGCGUUUGUGUUCUUCCAGGUCAGGCAGGGCGACCUGGCGACGGUGCCGCCGCGCAUCAUCGCCAAGCGGAGCGUCUGGUCGGCCGGCUUCUUCAUUCUCUGUCUGGGCGGAGCGUUCCUCGGGUCGAUCUACUACCUGCCCAUCUGGUUCCAGGCGGUCAAGGAUGCGAGCGCCGUCCGGUCCGGCAUCAUGAACCUGCCCAUGCUGGUCGCCACCGUGUUGUUCUCGGUCGUGGCGGGCGCCGCUGUCACCAUCUGGGGAUACUAUACGCCCUUCAUGAUCGUGGGCAGCGCGGUGGCGGCCGUUGGCUUCGGACUGACCACCAUGUUCGAGCCGGACACGAGCUCAGGCGUGUGGAUCGGCUACCAGAUCAUGAUCGGCGCGGGGAUCGGCGUGGCCUUCCAGCAGCCCCUGAUGGCGGCGCAGACCGUGCUCGACAUUGAGGACGUGCCGACGGGCACGUCGGUCAUUGUCUUCUUGCAGACGCUCGGCGGCGCCCUCUUCGUCUCGGUGUCGCAGAACGUGUUCACCAACAAGCUGGUGCACUACGUUGCCGAGUACGUGCCCGAGAUUGCCGAUCCGAGCGUCAUCCUCGGGGUUGGCGCCACGAGCGUCGCCCAGAUGAUCGAGCCGGUCUUGUUGCCGCGGGUCAAGCUCGCUUUCAACGAUGCGCUGACGCAGACCUUCAUUGUCUUCACGGCGCUGACGGCCAUCAGCAUCCUGGGCGCCCUCAUGGUCGAGUGGAGGAGUGUAAAGGGCAAGCCGAUGGAGAUUGCUGCUGCCUAA